UUUCAUGUAUCUCUGCCUGUCUGGCCUUGAACUUGCUAUGCAAUAGAGGAUGACCUUGGAUUUUCUGAUCUUGCUGCCUCCACUUCCUGAGUGCUACAGAUACAAGUUUCUCACUGAGUCUGGAGCCAGGCAGGCAGCCAGCAAGCCCCAUGGAUCUUCGUAUCUCAGCCUCCCUGUAGUAUGUGUGGUUACAGGAAUUGGUGUACAUGUACAUACACAUACAGGGCCAUGAUACCUACCAUGCUUCUCCUGGCAAGGUCUUCCACUGUGUUGGAGGGUAUUCCAAAGUGGGCUUCAUCCACAUGGGCUGGCCUCAAGCCCAGCCAGCUCCUUCCACUGCAUGCAUCAUCUAGAUUGCUCUCCUUAGGCUUUGUAAGCCACGCUAAGCACCGGGAGGCCCCUGGAAAGAAGCUACUGUCAGAGAAAAAACUGAAAAGGCAUUUUGUGGAUCACCGGAGAGUGCUGGUCCGUGGAGGAAAUGGAGGCUCUGGCAUGAGCUGCUUCCACAGUGAGCCCCGCAAGGAGUUUGGAGGCCCUGAUGGUGGGGAUGGAGGAAAUGGUGGACAUAUCAUCCUGAAAGUUGACCAGCAAGUCAAGUCCCUGUCCUCAGUCUUGUCCCAGUAUCAGGGUUUCAGUGGAGAAGAUGGUGGCAGUAAAAACUGCUUUGGACGAGGUGGUGCCACCCUCUACAUAAAGGUCCCUGUGGGUACCUUGGUGAAAGAAGGAGGUGAGAUCGUGGCUGACCUGUCUCACCCAGGAGACGAGUAUCUCGCUGCACUGGGAGGUGCAGGAGGAAAAGGCAAUCGUUUUUUUCUGGCCAAUGACAACCGUGCCCCUGUAACUUGCACUCCUGGACAACCAGGUCAGGAGCGGGUUCUCCACCUGGAGCUCAAGACAAUGGCCCAUGCUGGGAUGGUUGGUUUUCCCAAUGCUGGGAAAUCCUCUCUUCUUCGAGCCAUUUCAAAUGCAAAACCUGCUGUAGCUUCCUAUCCCUUCACCACCUUGAACCCACACGUGGGGAUUGUUCACUAUGAAGGCCACCAACAGGUAGCAGUGGCCGACAUCCCAGGCAUCAUCCGAGGCGCACACCUGAACAAGGGCCUGGGGUUCAGCUUCCUCAGGCAUAUUGAGCGUUGCCGCUUCUUCCUGAUUGUGGUAGAUCUUUCCUUGCCUGAGCCAUGGACUCAGGUUGAUGACUUAAAAUAUGAACUAGAGAAGUAUGAAGAAGGCCUGUCCGAGAGGUCCCAUGUGAUCAUUGCAAAUAAGAUAGAUCUCCCACAGGCCAAGGCCCACCUGCCUCAGCUCCAGGCCCACCUAGGCCAGGAGGUCAUCGCCUUGUCAGCACUGACUGGGGAGAACCUGGAGCAGCUGCUUCUACACCUGAAGGUGCUACACGAUGCCCACAUGGAAGCUGAGCUGGAGCAGGGCUGCCAGCCUUUCAGGUGGUAGUGGGCACAGGGCUAUAUGCCCCAGGGCCAGCAUGAGACAGGGAUGGGCCACCAGUCACAGGAAGCAAAAGCAUCCCUGUUGUAAAAUGCAGGCAGCUGGAACACUGAGAAAAAGUCCUUGCAAAUACA